AUGGGUGCCAGUGACUCGAAGCUUGUCUUCAAGAAAGGCAUCUUCAGGCUGUCUGAAGAAAGACAUAUUCCAGCCGAUGAUGACUACUGGACCUCUUUUUGGGAGCUUCCCGAGUCGUCAGAAGAUAUCUUCAGCCUCUUCGCCCCCGCCGACAUUCGUCGCACGAGAGACAAUGCCCUCGAAAACUUAGAAACUCUGAUACUCGCACUUACGUCUCGGUUGUUUAUUUUACGCCACCAUCCCUCAUUUCCGGAUCCUGAAAUCGCUCCCGAACGGGACGCCCUCAAUUGCAUUCGAGUCCUGACCCGCAUCCUCCCCUUCAUCUACGAGGCAGACAAUCUCCAGCAAUGGGAGGAACGUUUCUUCUGGGGUACCAGGAGGAAGAGGACGAGGCAGUCGGCCAUUGCCAAUGAGAUACUCUUCGACGGAGCGCAGGACGGCCAAAGAUCGCCGAAACCGAGAACUGAUACCGAGGACUUUGAAGACGCGAAACCUCUCGCUGAGGAACUCAUCGACACUCUCCUUGAUUUGCUCUUCUUCUCCGAUCUCACUCUACCAAGGCAGCCCCAUGGGCGUCCGAAAGUCACAUACGCCAUCUGGCAGAGUGGUGUUGGCUGCAACACCGCGGUAGCUACGACCAAGGAAUACGAGAGUAAUCGAAGUGAGAUUCUUCGCCUGCUCAUGACAAUGACUAGUCAGAGUAUGUAUAUGUCGCCGAAUACCUUGCCACAAAAGGGAGUUCGCGCUCUUACACAUAUCUGCACGUGUGCCGAUAAGCAGGUCGUGCUAUCGGUCCUCUGCUCGCUCCUCAAUACUACCCUAAAAUACAACCCAGCUACUUGGCGUGUGCCUUACAACACGCUGGUUUUCAAGGAUGAGAAGCAGAUCCUGGUGACAUACACCUUGCAACUGUUGCUGGUAUUACUUCUAUACCCAAUACCCGAGCAGAACGGAACGACUUCGAAGAACUAUUACCGUCACUUUCUCGGAAGACUUCAUCGUCCACAGGAUUUCCAGUUCAUCGUUGACGGCAUGACGCGCAUACUCAACCAGCCACUCCAAGAAAAGAGCUCAUAUCUUCCUAGUGGACAAACAACCGCAAAGUUUGCCCCAGAAAUCAUUAUGCUUUUCUGGGAAAUCACGCAGUGCAACAAGAGAUUCCGAUCUUUCAUUAUUGAUACCGAGCGGGUCCAUGAUUUCGUUGUUUUAACUCUGUUUUACGCAUUGGAGUACAAGAACGAUCCAUCCAAGCAAGGUGUAGUGCGCAUGUGCGCUUUCUUGCUUCAGACCUUGAGUGUGGAGAAGAACUUCGGCACCAAUCUGAACAGGGUUUUCGAACGGCAAGACAGUCUGCCGUUGACUAUCAGAAUACCAGGGUUCAGUGGAACAUACGCCGACUUCUUGAUCCACUCGAUUUAUAAUCUCAUUACCACAAGCCAAGGCAGAUUAACCGCCAUAUAUCCUGCUUUGCUUGCUGUGAUCAACAAUAUUGCCCCUUAUCUCGAAGGACUCAGUGCGGCAUCUGCCUCCAAGCUCAUGCAGCUCUUCUCAUCCAUGUCUUCGCCAUCAUUCCUCCUAGCCAACGACAGCAAUCAUGAUCUGUUAAGGUCACUGCUCGAAUCGAUCAAUUCUAUCGUCGAGCAUCAGUACCAAAGGAACCCUGAAUUGCUCUUCGCAAUUCUGCGUAACAAGAAGCGCAUAGAAGCACUGCGAUCAUUUACACUUGAAAGUGGCCAGGAAGAAAUAGAAAGACGAAACCUUCGACGCAAGGAGGCCGCGGCCAACGGAGAUGGGCUGGAAGCCAGUUCUGUUAGGAGCUCUGCAGAAAGCAUCCGGAGUCCAACAACAUCGCAUUCUCGACAGCCCACGUUGAGCGAUGUUCCAGAGGAGGACGGCACUUUCGCAAUCGGGGACGACGAGGACGAUAGCGAAGACGAAGACCAUCACCCAACACCCGCGCAAUCCACCACGAGCGAGAACCCGUCUGUUACCUCAUCCCAGGCCGAGUAUGCGGAAGACGCAGUACCGACUCAACUUCGAGGAAUGUCGGAAAAGGCAAGAGGCAAAAUGCCUGCUGGCAUGAGUAACUUCUCGAGACAGAACAGCACCACAAGCUUGGGCGGCUAUUCCGUCAGUGGCCAAUCACAGUCUGGUGCCUUUGAGCCUACCGCGCAAUGGAUUGAGAGUUGGCUCCCAGAGCUGCCUCUCCAUACUAUUCUUACUGUAAUCCAACAAGUGUCGGCUCUAUUGCCACGCCAAGCGCUAAAUGCCGAAUCUGCAAGCCGGGAGACUCUGCAAAAGAUACAGGAAAUCAAGCUGGUUGGCGUCGACCCAGGACCACCUCGCGUGCACUCCUUUGAGUGGUCACAGUUGUCGUUGGGAUGGUAUGAAUCGCUCAUCUGGGGCUUUGUCUUCAGUAGCGAAAUCCAGGUCUCCAAGGGGACGGUUGGAGUGUGGAACGGCACAGCGAUUAAGCUGUUCCGAGUUCAGGAAACGGCGCCUCAAGGCCCAAGCUUGACUUCACCCAGGGGAGCCGUUGACGCUGUAGGAAGCAAUAUUGUGUCUCGCAUCGGCGCCAUGAAUCUACGUGGCGGCCCGGGAGGUGCGGGAUCAGGCACACCGCAACGCCCCUCGUAA